AUGAGAGAACAGGAUUUUGGUAAUUUUCAAAGUACGUCAGAACAAAUGGAGAAAGUAUGGCAGGAAAGAGCACAUUAUGGGCAUUUUUUCUAUAGGAUACCACACGGUGAAAGUGCUGCAGAUGUUUAUGAUAGAAUUGCUAGUUUUAACGAGACAUUAUUUCGUCAAUUUCAGCAGGACAACUUUCCUAAUAUCUUGAUAUUGGUUACUCACGGUAUAUGGGCUAGAGUAUUUCUCAUGAAGUGGUUCCGGUGGAGUUACGAAGAGUUUGAGUCGUUGAGAAAUAUUCCUCAUUGUCAUUACCUUAUAAUGAAGAAACAGUCUGAAGAUGGUAAAUUUACAUUGAAAACACCGUUGAAAACUUGGGAUGAUCUUCCCGAUAGCGACAUCGACGAGGAGGUGGUCAAGAAAGAAUUUGGUGACGAAGUUUGUUUCAAUACCAAGAACAAGCUUGCCAAUCCGGAAGAUUUUGACAUCACCAGUAUCAUACGGGCCCAAAGAGAUGCCAUAAAAUCAACUAGACACAAAGAUCGAAAAAUUAAGGAUGCAUUUCAAAAAUCUAUGAAUACAACCCAUGAAGUUAAACAAGAUUGUACUAGUUCCCCAUCAACCUUAGCAUCACGGUUCACUCUUGAUGACCAGAGCGUAGCUAAUAGUGCGUCGAACAGCAAGAACAAUAGUUUGGAAAAUUUACAGGGCAAUUGA